UUUUUCGGUCGCGCCGCUUCACAGGGACGGUCGUGUAUCUCUCGCUUCUCCGAGCAAGCGGGAAACCCCCUCGUCCGGGAAUCCUCGCGCAUUCGACGAAACUUGAAAUUACUUCCGCGCGUUCGAUAAAUCGGCGUUAUCGGGAAACGAUUUACCCUCCUCGACUUGACAAAGUUUGAAGAAAUAUACCCGCCGGACCGGCUGGUUGAUGGGGGAGGAGGAGGAGGAGGCCGGUGAAUGAUCCUCGCGAAGCUACGCGCGAAGGGGAUCCUCUUACUCUAAUAGUGCACGAUCCGCCGUGAUGAAGGAACGAUGAUCGCGCGCGUGACUUUCCGAGUCCAAGUGUUUUGUUGUGUCGACGAUCGAGGAUCGUCGAUCUCAGUGAUCGAUCGGGAAAGUGCGAAUCUGACGGAGUAAACGACAGGGAUGAUCCUUAUUUCUGUCUACGAGUGUCCAUUUAGGAAGUUUGCAGUUGAUUAGCAGUGCGAUUUUAAUUCAAUUAUAGAGAUUAAUUGAAUAUUGGAGCUGUUGACUUUGAUAGCAAUAGCAUCGCGCCUCUUCGGGAAGAUUUGCAUUUUGCAAGUAUGUCGAUACUGGAAAAUUUAAAUACAAGAGCGACGCAUUUCUCGAACGUAUUUUUCGAGUGAAAAGCUGUGCUCUUUUUAUUUCAACAACGACGGUGCGCGUGUCUUUGUGCCCUUUAAGCUAAAUAGACGAAGCAGCUGAAGAAUUUCCAGUAACACUUUUAUCGACCAAAUAGAAAAAUUGGAGAUCUUUAAACGCAAACAACAGUUCCACGUGCUACAUAUUUUCAUUGAAAACUGGAAAAAUAUUAGUUUCUUCUUCAGCCACGACAUUAUUUUUCUCGGCGAAUUAGCUUCGAAAAGAGAUUGUUUGCUGAAAAAUUACAUGGGCGAAUGUUUUAUACGAUCGAGAGACUAAUUCAAUAAAAUGCAACUCUCGUUAACUUCGAUCCGUCCAAUAAAAUUUUGAGUAAAAAAAUUUUCUCCUAUUUUUCUUUUUUGCCGCAAUGAAACAAUGUUGUAAAUAUUCGAAACGGCGGCUUUUUUUCGAUUAUGAUUCAAGCCGGCACUAUCUAUCUUUUUCGAUACAUUAAGCACGCCAAGUCAAAAACAAGAUUAUCCUUGUGUGAGAGCGAAAAAAAGAUAGGCCAACUUGUCUUUAACUCCAAUAGACACGAACGGCAGACGGAGAUAGAAAUUCGUCUACGAUAUUACUUUCGUAAAAGUUUUGACAAGGAGAUCCUGCUUCUAAUCGAAAAUUUCAACAAUUAAAAUGUUGAUCUAUCGCGGGAAAGAGUGCGAAAUUACCUCAGUGACAAAGUGUAUAAAUAAAUAGUUCAUUGAGUGUCCCGAUUAAACGUUCAAUGGUAAACUUACAACGACCUCUCUUAUGUAUAGAAAGUCUUUAUCGUUCAAUGAAGCGAUGGAACAAGACGGUAAAUUUGCAGAUGCUUAACGCUUGCAGCUCGAUAGCGAAGCAGAUGAUAAUUAUAUUUGAAAGACAUUAGGAAUAUUUUUAAUGGAGAUACACAUUGAUUGAUCUUCUACUAUCGAAAUAUCUACAUUUCUACGACAUCUAGUCAGACAUUUAACUAGGCGUACGACUAAAAAAAUCUAAUACAGUGCAAUUAAAAUAUCCGCAACUUUUCUAGAUUGUCAAAAUAAAAGACGAUUUAUAACUCGGAGUGUUUUUCAGUCUAUACAAUUCGCAGUCUUCCUUAGAUCAAUUGCGUCGAAGUAGAUAAUCGAGGAUGUAAUUUAUUUUUUUCUGGAUUAUUUAAAUAAAAAAGAUGCAUUGGAAGAAUCAUGGAGAAUUUACUAUAUCUCAUCGGUCUCAUAUAGAUUCAUGCUCGAGAAGAUUUAAUUAAAGACAAUAGUCUUUCUCCGUUUUAAACUCGUAUUUUAAAAUCAUUGAAAAAGAAUAGGACCAGGACAUUUGUUUUAAAUAAAAGUUUCAAAGAAGCUAUUUCGUAAAAUAAGAGCAGCUUGUGUCAGUCUCUACUUUUUAUCAAGAUCUUUUUAUCAAGAGUAUCUUGAAUAUAUUGAGUCCAGCAAGAUCUAACAAUCAAGCAUCAAACUUCUUUAUCUCGAAGAAGAUUGAUGCAUCCAGGAGAUAAAUCGGUUCUCGAGAGUCGCGAGAUGGACCAGCUUGCGUACGUUCGCACUUCCGGUGGCGGUUAAGAAAGGAAAUUAAUCGCGACGGAAGCCAGGGAAGGCGGUAUGAGAGUUGCGAAGAAGUGAUCGGCGAAGGUGGUGACGCCGAAGACGUCGGUGAUCGCGUCAAGAUGACGUCACCGAUCCUGGCGCUGCUCGGCUUGAUUCUGGCGACCGUCGGCGCUGAGCUCAGCUCAAGGAUCGUCAGGACUAAGUACGGCGAGUUAUCGGGCGUGAUCGUUACUCUCGAUCGAAACCUCGAGAGUGUCGAGGUGUUUCGCGGCGUGCCUUACGCUUCGCCGCCAAUUGGCUCGUUACGCUUCAUGCCGCCUGUCAGCGGCGCCCUUUGGGGUGGCGUGAAGGUCGCCGAUAAGUUUGGACCCGUCUGUUCCCAAAAGCUACCCGAGAUCAACGAUAAGAUGCCCAAGGGCAGGGCGGAAUAUCUCAAGAGGCUGCUGCCCUACCUCAAGAACCAAAACGAGGACUGUCUGUACCUCAACAUUUAUGCACCGGUUCAAGCCGGCGCGAGGGACGGCGGCGGCAGAAGGUAUCCCGUGAUUGUGUUCGUGCAUGGCGAGAGCUACGAAUGGAGCAGCGGAAAUCCUUACGACGGCAGCGUCCUGGCGAGCUACGGAGGCGUCGUCGUCGUCACCAUCAACUACAGACUCGGCAUCCUGGGCUUUCUAAACGCCAACACAGACUCGCACUUACGCUCGCCAGCGAAUUACGGCCUGAUGGACCAGAUAGCGGCGUUACACUGGGUGCAGGAGAACAUCGCCUAUUUCGGCGGCGAUCCCAAAAACGUCACGCUAGUGGGACACGGUACCGGAGCCGCCUGCGUUAACUUCCUCAUGACCAGCCACGCGGUACCCGAUGGUCUGCUGUUCCAUCGAGGCGUCCUGAUGUCCGGCAGUGCACUUUCACCCUGGGCGUUAGUGAGAGGCGCCGCCAAUUACGCCAUGCAGGUCGCCAAACACCUAAAUUGUUCGUCGGCGACGGGAGAUCCUCAGAACCUGCUGAGGUGCCUAAGGGACGUGUCCUUGAGCGAACUAGAGUCGGUGCCUGUUAAAGGACUAGAGUUUGCGCCAGCCUUCGGUCCAAGUAUAGACGGUGUCGUAAUCGAUCCCGGCGAUCCCGAGGAUCAGGACUACACCCUACAAGUCGACACGAUCAAUACGCUCAACAAUAUCCUUUUGAGGAAGGACGUCGUGGCGAAACUGUCGAGAUACGACCUGAUGGUGGGUGUCGUUCGCUCCGAAGCAUAUUUUUCCUUAACCGCCGAUGACGCUCAAUAUGGGAUCGAGGCUGACAGGAGGACGAGAAUCCUGCGCGAAUUCGUGCGAAACACGUACACGUAUCAUCAGCCGGAGAUCCUAGCAACCAUCAUAAACGAGUACACGGACUGGGAGCGACCUGUCCAACAUCCCGUUAAUAUUAGAGACGAGACCCUAGAGGCUUUGGGAGAUGCGAAUGUCGUCGCUCCAGCGACGAGAACCGCGGAUCUUCAUAGCCAAUCCCAUAGAAAUUCCUAUCUAUACGUCUUCGACUAUCAAACGAAAUUUGGAGACUAUCCUCAGAGGCCGGGAUGCAUUCACGGAGAGGAGCUGCCAUAUUUUUUCGGGGCACCCCUGGUAGGAGGCUUGUCCCAUUGGCCGAAGAAUUAUACCAGGUCCGAGAUAGCGCUCUCCGAGAGCAUGAUACUUUAUCUGACAAACUUUGCACGCACCGGCAAUCCAAACGAGGGCACUCCCGAUCCUGGGCCCCUUGGCUCCAGACCGGAAAGGACCAAGGUCAAGAAUAUCGAUUGGAUUGCCUACGAGGCCGUUCACAAGAAAUAUCUUAGCAUAGAACUCAACAAGUCAAAGUUGAAGAAUCACUACAGGGCUCAUCGCCUCUCUUUUUGGCUAAACCUAGUGCCCGACCUUCACAAACCCGGCUCAGACGACGUUCCUAGGUCGCAUCAUCUGCUCGAUGCGGAACAGAAUUUUCCCCAGGUGCCACCCAGAUUUAUUCAAAGACUGCCAACAACCGCGAGAACGACCACCUUGGAGGUAACUUCUAUAGAGAGAUCCUCGUCCAACGUGUCAACGGCCACGCCCAGCGACAUAGCUUUCGAGGAUACGACAGCGCAACCCGAGGAUGGUUUUGCGGCUUAUUCCACCGCCUUAAGCGUGACAAUCGCGAUCGGUUGCAGCCUGCUGAUCCUGAAUGUGCUCAUCUUCGCCGGGGUGUAUUAUCAGCGCGACAAGAGCAACCACCAGCAUCAGGGCUGCUCGAAAAAGCGCCAAGAGAACGGCCAGAUGCCCAACAACAUCUGCGGCGAGCUGGAGACCAAAACUGCCGAACGUCAUCACAUCCAGCACAUACCGCCGCCGGAGUUCGCCGAUCUCCAGAACAAUACUUGUCACGUGCCUAUGCCGCCCCCGCCGCCCAAGAACACGAAGCCCGGCAAACCCGGCCAGAAUCUCAUCAUCAGUCCCAAUCAACUUCAGCAGGAGAGCCUGGCCAUGAGCGGUACCGGGACCCUGAAGAAGGGACACAAUCAUCCCCAGGUUAUGGAAGAGCUGAGGGUCUGACUCUAGGAGACAGCGCGGCCGAUGAAUUAAUAUUCUACGCCGCGAGUAGAUUAGAAAUCGCCGAUCAUCAAAAAAAUCAUUAUUUCAAAAUAAAGUUCUCAUUGUCAUCCUGACAAUGAACGUCACAAGGAACCUGAAGAUGGAACACGAUCGUUUUUAGGUAAUGAAAAAAAGCUAAGAACCGGACUCUAACGGAUACCAAAACUUUAAGAUUCUGAAAUCGUCGAGAGUUUGAAGUUGUCCGGCAUUGUUUGUCAUCAGUCUAGUUGCGAACAGAAGAGAAAUAUGAAGAUCCCGAAACAAAACCCAAAGUUAUAAUGAGGAGUCAUUCCGAUAAUAGUGUCUCCCUGACACUCGACGGCGUACGGGGAGGACUCUAUAAAGUUUUCCUCCAAGCGAUCGUGACUUUGUCGAUAGAUAAGAAGUGAUAAAGAGGAAAAAGUACGUGUUAAUGUGCGGCGGUGUGUAGUUGAGAUUUUUUGCCGGAAGUCAAAUCCGCGCUAGAGGCUUUUGUAUAGAGCCAGAAAAGACUACGGGAUCCGAAAAAUAUGGGUCCGGAAGCUUUGCUUCCGUUCGCUAUGUCCCCGUUAAUGUCGACACUAUACUGUUAUCGUUUUCUACCUUUCGAAUUUGUGCGACCAACUGCCGAACAUUACAUAGUCUUUGACGAAAUAUCCGCGUUAAAUAGAACUCUUCACCUUCGAAAGAAGAGAAUUUUGGAAUAAUCUUUCUAAGAGUGAUUCCAAAAAUUAUUCAUGUAUCGAAUCAAGGUUAAUUUUUACUAAUAUAACGUACGAAUUGUUUAAUUACCUUUUUCGAGUUUUGUCUAUACAUUUUUAUAAAUAUUUUCGAUUAUAUUUAUUAAUUUUAUUAUUUAUUUAAUUUUAUCUUAUUUUAUUAAUCCUAUUUUAUUUUGCCCUUUGUUUAUAUUAAGGAUUCAAAUGGUAUGUCAAUCCCUUUUUUACACGCAUGUUUUUUGAUUUUUAAUUAAUUAAUUUUCUUAAAUAAUUAUUUCAGCAAAAAUUAGCGAUACUUCUACACGUAACAAAUUUUUAUUUUAUUUCUUUCAUUGUUUUUCCACGUAAUAUAGACUGACGGUUCGAGUCGAUUUGAGUCGUGCCGACACUGUCCUCGUUCUUCCGAGUGAUCAUGAUAAUGAUUCGAGUCGCUGCCACGAUGAUUUAUUUUCAUGAUGUCGAUCGUUCAAAUGCUCAAUUAAAAUCUGAAUUAACCCUUUCCUUCUCAAAAUGAUCAUUUGACAUUUCCACAAUAAAUAAGUUUGCAUUGCAAAAAUUUUAUUAAAAUUUGGAAUAAAAAUUGUAUCUCUAAUUAUUACAUAAAACGACAUAUUCUGUUAUCUUCCUUUUGUUGCAAAGUAUAUUAUAAAACUAAAUCAUGACAAAGAUCAUUGCAGAAUAGAACGAAUAAUUAUAUGAGAAUAAAAGGGUUAAACGGGCGAUCGCGCAUCAAUCGAACAAUCUUUUUUACGAUCGACGGUACACAACAGUAUACUGCCAAACGAUCGCGAUUCGAAAAGAAAUUGCAGAUCGUUGAAUGAAAAAUCGCGAUUAGUCAGAAUUCUUGAGAACGAAAAGCUAUUGCGAUACAAAAAAAAAAGAAAAGAAAAGUUUUAUAAUAAAAAUAGAGCAACUGCAAAUUUAAUCAAUUCUUCUUGUUUUCGAUGUAAACAUUUCCGAAAAACUAUGCGAGGCAGGCAUUCGCAUAAGCAUUAGCUAUAUGUCACUUUAUAAGAAUUAUUAUUAUUGUAUCAUACAAACUUUAUUGGAUUCAUUUCUUCAAGUAUUUUAGUUUCAUUAUAAUCGUAUAAUUUCAUUAUUUUUAAAUUUACCAAAUUAAAAGAAAGAAGGAUUAAAUUUGGAGUUGUCCAAUUUUUCAAGGAUUAACGAAAGGUUUCUCACAAACGGCGACAGACUGCUCAAGGGUCUUUUGAGCGCGAUUUCGACUGUAAAUAAAGGUUAAUUAAGCUUAAGUCUGUCGCUGACGCGCUGUUAACGAGUGAAGAACCAGCGAGGAGCUCGGGAAUAGCUCCGAUUGUAAUAAUAUUGCACGUCGACGACAGAAAAACGAUAUGUCAACGUGGUGGAAAGCACACUAGACGUAAUUUUAAAUUUGUAUAUAAUUGACAUUACAAUAAACUAUAUAAUAAAUUA